UACCUAUGCCAUGGGACACUUCACGAUGUCAUAAAUUCUUAUGUUAUUGUUGGUAAGUCCAUGGAAGAGGUUUUAUGCAUAUAUUACACCACAGAAAUGCUAUACAUGCUGGAAACUUUACAUGAUGUUGGGAUUAUUCAUGGUGAUUUCAAGCCUGAUGAUCUGCUUGUUCGCUAUUCCAGCAGGGAUGACCUUUCUGAAGAUGGGUUUGAAGACCGAACUGGCUCUUGGGGCGAUCAGGGCUUGUGCCUUGUCGACUGGGGUAAGGGAAUAGACCUGCAUCUCUUUCCUGAUGACACAGAAUUCGAGGGAGAUUGCCGGACUUCUGGCUUUCGCUGCAUCCAAAUGCAAGAAAAUAAGCCGUGGAGAUUUCAGGUGGACACAUAUGGCCUCUGUGUCAUUGUUCAUUUGAUGCUGCAUAAUUCUUAUAUGGAGAUUGAGAAGAAAGCAACAUCUGAUGGUGGCUACAUUUAUCUUCCAAAAAAACCUUUUAAACGGUAACUCUUACAACUGUAUAUAUGCAGGCAUUUCUGUUAGAAUUGAGAGUUUUCUCGGUAAAGGUUCCAGAAUAUUUAGUAAAUUAAUUAAGUAUGGCUGUAGUUAAUUCUAAAGAACUUUAACAGUAUCUUAUCAAGUCACUCUUUUGUUGACAAAUGUAAAAACUAUAAUUUUGCUACUUAAAAUUUUCUG